GGAGGGGGCACUAGGACCCAGCAGGAGGAGGCGGCUCUGUGCCGAUGCAGACGUGCGGGUUGGAACGCGGCCCCGGUGCUGAGUCUGAAGAAGCAGAGAGUCGCUCCUGUGUCCGCAGCAUCUCCAGCUUCUCUAACUGCCUCGAUUAAGACACAGCCCUAAGACAUCAUGGGAGGCGUAGCGUUGGACGUGGGUGCAGGAGGAGUGAAGGCUCCAGAUGGAGGGUGGGGCUGGGCGGUGCUGACCGGCUGUUUUGUCAUCACUGGCUUCUCCUACGCUUUUCCAAAGGCGGUCAGUGUCUUUUUCAAAGAGCUGACCCGGGAGUUUGGGGUGGGAUACAGCGACACUGCCUGGAUCUCCUCGAUACUGCUGGCUAUGCUCUAUGGCACAGGUCCUCUAUGCAGUGUGCUGGUGAACCGCUUCGGCUGUCGGCCAGUGAUGAUGGUGGGGGGCAUCUUUGCCUCUCUGGGAAUGAUCCUCGCUUCCUUCUCCACCAGCAUCAUCCACAUCUACCUCUCUACAGGGGUUAUUACAGGUCUGGGUUUAGCCCUGAACUUCCAGCCAUCUUUGAUCAUGCUGAACCGCUACUUCAGUGAGAAGCGUCCUCUGGCCAAUGGACUGUCAGCAGCAGGAAGCCCUGUGGCGCUUUGCUGCCUGUCACCACUGGGCCAGGUCCUCCAGUAUAAGUAUGGAUGGAGGGGGGGCUUCCUCAUCCUGGGUGGCAUUCUACUCAAUUGCUGUGUGUGUGCGGCCCUGAUGAAGCCUCUGGUCGGCCCCAAGAGCCUCAAGGUCAACGGCAAGGCGCAGGACCAGGAGGAGGGAGCAGAGGGUGUAGAGAAGAAGAAGCCCAAAGCCAAACUACUGGAUUUCUCUGUCUUCAAAGACUCUGGUUUUGUCAUCUACACUGUAGCGGCAUCCAUCAUGGUGCUGGGGCUGUUUGUACCUCCAGUGUUUAUUGUGAGUUAUGCUAAGGAGAUGGGGAAUGAGGACACCAAAUCAGCUCUGCUGCUCUCUAUCCUGGGCUUCAUUGACAUUUUUGCUCGGCCCACAUGUGGAGUGAUUGCGGGACUGAAGUGGGUUCGGCCUCGCUGCGUCUACCUCUUCAGCUUUGCGAUGCUUUUCAAUGGAGUCACUGACCUGAUUGGGUCACAGGCCAAGGACUAUAGAUCUCUGGUGGUCUUCUGCAUCUUUUUUGGCCUUUCCUAUGGCAUGGUGGGGGCCCUGCAGUUUGAAGUCCUCAUGGCGAUAGUUGGUACUGAGAAGUUCUCCAGUGCCAUUGGCCUGGUGCUGCUCAUGGAGGCUGUUGCCGUGCUGGUGGGGCCACCUGGUGCAGGCCGCCUUCUUGAUGCUACCAAGAACUACAUGUAUAUCUUCCUGCUGGCAGGAAGUGAGGUGGUCCUCUCAGCUGUUGUUCUGGCUACUUGUACCUACUUCUGUAUUGGAAAGAAUAAGUCUUCAGCACCAGUACACAGCCUGGAGGACGUCACAGUGACGGGUGAUGCCAAGACAGAGUUCAACGAUGAAGAGGAGAAAGGAGCAAGAGAGGAACGGGAGAUGGAGACUAUGAAGAAGGUGGAAAGGGAAUUAAAGGAAGAGGAGGAGGAAGAGGAGGAGAAAUUAGAGGAGGUCGGGCCCGGCAGUGUAACAGUUGACUCACAGGAAGUGGAAAAGUUCCUGAAAGAGCCACACCAUAAUGGUGACACUGUCAUCAAUCCUGAAACAUGCCUGUGAGCAGGGAUAGAGUUUGUUGGACAGAAUAUACUUGCAGGCACUUUUUUGUUUUCUUUUGUUUUUUCAAAAUAUUCCAACAGGAGGAUGAAGUGAAUUUUGAAGUGUUCCCACGAGCUUUCCUGUCAUACUGUGUUCAUGUGUUGAUGUUUGUUGUUUGCAGUGGUGUAAUCGGUAUCACUGCCACUGGAAAUGUAAGAGUUGCUGUAUGCGAACGUUUAUCACUAGAUGUUUUGAGGUCUGGUGGUUUAUACUAGACAAUAGAAAAACUGAGUGAUAUCACUGCCUUGUGUAUAUAUAGUUUAUUUAAUGGGUCCACAGUUUUAUUAUGAUGUAGCCACCAGCAAAUAAAGGUUGGCAAUAUUCUGUAUUCUUAGUGUGUCAGCGAAUGCCAUGGAGGGGCCAGAUGGAAACAAGCUUUUAGAUAUAUUUGGUGCAAUAAUUGUAUGAUGAAUUGUCCUUACCAAAGCAAAACCAUUAAUGUUUCUUACCAAAGGCCUGGUCACAUCAAAAAGUGGCAGUGUUGAGCUCAUCCAUGCAUCUUCACAGAAAACCUUUGGUGCUAAAACCUUGGUGACAUUGUGACUACAAGCAGCUUGUUUUUCCAACUUCUGUUUGUUCAUAUGCUUUUAAGUCGUAAUAUGGAAACAACAUGGACACUACAAAGACGAUGUAUUGAAUCCUGCUGAAAGACAGCAAUGAAAACAACCUAAUUGGCGGAGGGUAUUAAAUGUUAUACAUGAAUUUGUCCAUAAAUCAAAAGUUUCCAACAUUUUUUUGCAUAUAUAUGAUGUCACAAACUCAAGUCGUAUACUAAGAUGUUGGCCGACUUAUGGAGUUGUUCCGACUUUUACAAGAAUUUUCCCCAUCAGGAAACUAUUGUCUCCUGUUCCAUAUACCUGUGAUAGUUUCUUCCAGGUCCCUGCACAGCUUUUGGCCAAACUCAUUGACAGAGUUCACCAACAGUUAACUUGACAUACAACAUUCAAAUCAUCAGUUCACUCUGCCAGUUUUAUUGACAUAGUUUUCCUUGCUGAAUAUUUAGCAGGAAAUAUGCUGGUGUGACUUGGUCUUAACAGUUAUUGCCUUAAGGGUUUGAUUUGUACAAAGGGACAAGAUGCUGUAAUCUUAUCCCUCUGUAACAUAGAGUUCCAUGUUGUUCAAAAACAAAUGUGUCUCAGCUCGGAGGCCAACAGGCCUCAAACUCUCGACUCAGAGAAACGGAUGAAAGCUCAAUGGGGGGAAUUAGGUGACUGAGAAAAGAGCAGGGAAGGCUGGGAUGAUUUCUCCUUGGAUUACGAGCAGUGUUCAAAUGUCAUCCACAACUUUGUAAUGGUCUUCAUCACCAUAUUUAAUUUACUAUGGCAAAGCCAUGCUUGAUGUAGUAGGCAUGUGUAUUAUGCAGUCAGGGGACGCACGUGUCAGAAUUUGGAAAGUGUAUGUGUGUGUGACUGGUUAAAUGUUGUUGUCCAUCUUGUGUGCUGCUGAGGACCAAAGGAUGAACAGCGUCAACUUUUUUUUUUGGGAAGAACGGUUGUCGAGACCUUAUUUUAUACUAGUUUGUUAGGGAUAGGGUGACAUCAUCAGUGACAUAACAUCAUUUUGUGAGUUUACACCUGUCAGGCUGUUGUUGUGUCACAAUUCCAUGCACCAACAGGUACGUUUUGAAAGGGCCUAAACUGUUCCUAGUGACCUUAAUGAAGCAUCUCUCCUUGUCUACUUUGCCUUCAUGCUUCGUAUUGUCUGUACUAAAUGUUUGUGUUUUGGUAAAAUAAUAUUAAAGGAAGUUUAUGUUUGUUUAAAAAA